GAGGCGUCCGCGCAGCCUCGAUGUUCCAGCUGCCCAUCUUGAAUUUCAGCCCCCAGCAAGUGGCCGGGGUAUGCGAAACCCUGGAGGAAAGCGGCGAUGUGGAGCGCCUGGGUCGCUUCCUGUGGUCGCUGCCCGUGGCCCCGGCGGCCUGUGAGGCCCUCAACAAGAAUGAGUCGGUGCUGCGCGCGAGAGCCAUCGUGGCCUUCCACGGCGGCAACUACCGCGAGCUCUACCAUAUCCUGGAAAAUCAUAAGUUUACUAAGGAAUCGCAUGCCAAGCUACAGGCACUUUGGCUUGAAGCGCAUUACCAGGAAGCAGAGAAGCUGCGUGGGCGGCCUCUGGGGCCGGUAGACAAGUACCGGGUAAGGAAGAAGUUCCCGCUGCCGAGGACCAUUUGGGAUGGUGAACAGAAGACGCACUGCUUUAAAGAGCGCACGCGGCACCUGCUUCGAGAGUGGUACCUUCAGGACCCAUAUCCCAACCCCAGCAAAAAGCGCGAGCUCGCCCAGGCAACUGGACUGACCCCCACGCAGGUGGGCAACUGGUUCAAAAACCGCCGACAAAGAGACCGGGCGGCGGCAGCCAAAAACAGACUCCAGCAGCAGGUUCUGUCGCAGGGCUCCGGGCGGGUGCUACGUUCGGAGGGCGAGGGCACGCCAGAGGUGUUGGGCGUUGCCUCCAGUCCGGCAGCUAGUCUGUCCAGCAAGGCGGCCACUUCGGCCAUCUCUAUCACGUCCAGCGACAGCGAAUGCGACAUCUGAACUGCCCACUCAUCACGCUUAGAAACGGAAUCCAGUGCAAAAAUGAGGUACACAAAAG